AUGUCUAGAUUCUCUCUCCAAGGUCGGACUGCGUUAGUCACCGGUGGUGCUCGAGGCUGCGGUCUUGCAUUUGCUCGUGGACUCGCUGAAGCCGGUGCUAAUGUGGCUAUAUUCGACGUAAUCGAUCCGGAGGAGGGUUUCUACGUUAUACAGAAAGAAUGCGCUGUGCGGACAGCGUUCUACAGGGUCGAUGUGGCCUCCAAAGAAUCCCUCGCCAAUGGCUUCCAACAAUUCCAAGCUGAUUUCGACAAUGCACUCGACAUCUGCGUUCCCUGCGCGGGCAUCAACCGCCACCUUCCCUUCCUCGAGUUCACCUACGAAGAGCACCAGAACCUAUUGUCGGUCAACGUGAUGGGUCUAUACUUUACCGCUCAACUAGCCGCAAAACAGAUGAUUGCCAAUGGGACGAAACAUGGUAGCAUCGUGUUGGUGGCCAGCAUGGCCAGCCAUAUCGCCGUUCGCGAUCAGCUGUGCAGCGCAUAUUGCGGGUCGAAAGGAGCUGUCCGCGCCAUGUGCCCAGCCAUCGCGAAGGAGCUUACACCAUAUGGCAUCCGAGUGAAUACGAUUUCGCCGGGAUAUGUCCGCACGGAGAUGACUGCAGCGUUCCCCCAUCUGUUGGAAAAGUGGAAAAGCGAGGCGAUCAGUGGGCGAGUGGGUGAGCCGGAGGAUAUCAUGGGGGCUUGUGUGUUCCUGGCCAGCGACGCCAGCGCCUUCAUGACGGGACAGGAUGUGGUCGUGGAUGGGGUGACAUCUGGAGUACACUCGCACAACAUGAAGCGCACGUUAUCAGAGGCUAGACUGGAGCGUAGCACAAUGGCUCCUAGUGCAGACCACGAAGGAUUCAGCGAUAGCCCUGUCGAGGCUACGACAACGGUCGUGGUUGUGGGCGCCGGGCCAUCUGGAUUGAUGCUUGCCUGCAAUCUAGUCCGGUAUGGAAUCGAUGUGGUUAUUCUCGACGAUCGUCCUGACAAGACAUCCACCGGCAAGGCAGACGGCAUGCAGCCCAAGACGAUCGAAACCUUCAAACAGCUUCGCCUAGCCGACCCAUUGUUGAAAAAUGCCGCCCGCGUGUACGACAUCGCCUUCUGGGAGUCCACGGCAGACACACCGAUGCACCGCACUGGUCGUCAGAUCCACUACCCAGCACAUCUUGUCGGCGCCUCCGACCCCUAUAUUCUUCUUGCGCACCAAGGCAUGCUUGAGGACAUUCUAAUUCAGGACAUCGAAGCCCGAGGCGUGUCAAUCCAACGCAAUAGCCCGUUCGUGUCGUGUUCGAGACUACCAGACAGUAGUCAACUGCACGUCUCCUAUCUAGACCUGACGACCAAGACCGUCAAGAGCAUCCGCACAGACUAUCUUGUUGGUUGCGAUGGCGCCCGGUCCAAAGUGCGCAACUUCAUACCCAAUGCACCCCUCGAAGGGGAAAUGACCAAUGCAUCAUGGGGCGUAUUGGACGGCGUAAUCGAGACCGACUUUCCCGACCUCUGGAGCAAAGUCGCCGUGCGCUCACACUCAGCCGGCUCGAUCCUCUGGAUCCCGCGGGAACGAAACAUGACGCGCCUGUAUGUUGAGCUGAGUUCGACCGACGGCGAGCGGGUCGACAAGUCUAUGGCGACGCCGGAAUACGUGAUGCGACGGGCGAAGGAGGCCAUGCACCCGUUCCAGCUGGAAUGGAAGUCUAUCGAGUGGUUUGGGAACUACGUCGUCGGCCAGCGAGUCGCAAGGCAUUUUUGCGAUCCUUAUCUGCAGAUAUUUAUUGCUGGUGAUGCGGGCCAUUGUCACUCCGCCCUCGCAGCUCAAGGUGCCAACACGAGUAUGCACGAUAGCUUCAAUCUCGCGUGGAAGCUGAACCUCGUCUCCCGUGGACUGGCGCAGAAGUCUCUCCUUGCAACGUAUGAGGACGAGCGUCGCAAGAUUGCCUACGAUCUGAUCAAUUUCGAUGCUGAACAUUGCAAGGCAUUUGCGCAGGGAGAGGCCGCGCUGGCGAAGAACUUCGACGAUAACAUCCGUUUCAUCUCUGGGGUUGGAGCGGAGUACUCCAAGGGCGUCCUCACUCGUAUUGCCCCCGAGAAGAACUAUCCUCUUCCUGCACGCCCUGGAGCGUUGAUGAUCCCGUCGAAAGUCACACGGUAUAUCGAUGCCAACCCUAGGAUAUUUGUGUAG